CCGGGGACAGACGCCGCCCGCGCCCGCCUGACCAGCCACACUGCACCGCACGACACGUUGGCCUCUCUAAUGCUAUCAUGGCGCGGUGUUCUGCUGCUUCUCCUGCCAAUCGCCGGCCAACUGGCCUUGACCUCCGGCCGGUCACGUGACCCCGGUGACGUCACGGAGUACUGCGUCAUCGGCGCCGGCCCGGCCGGUCUGCAGAUGGGCUACCUGCUGAAGCGAGCCGGUCGGGACCACGUGCUGCUCGAGCGGGACGCCAGCCCAGGCUCGUUCUUCAAGAAGUACCCCCGCCACCGAACCCUGAUCAGCAUCAACAAACAGCACACGGGGAAGGUGAACCGCGAGUUCAACGAGCGACACGACUGGAACUCGCUGCUGAGUGACGACCCGUCGCUGGUCUUCCGGCGCUACUCGUCCGAGUUCUUCCCUCACGCGGACGCGAUGGUGGAGUACUUGCGCGACUUCCAGCGGAAGACGGGCCUGAACGUACGCUACGGCGUGAACGUCACGAGAGUAGAGCGGGCCCACCGGGACAUGCUCCUCCUGCAGACGUCGGCCGGGGUACUCGGCUGCAGGUACGUUAUUGUAGCCACGGGCCUGUGGCAGCCCAACAAGCCAGCCAUAUCCGGUCACGAGCACAUCCAGCAUUACGACCAAGUUGCGGUGGACCCUGAGCGCUUCAGGGGGCAGAACGUGCUCAUUCUGGGCAGAGGCAACGCUGCGUUCGAGACGGCCUCGAACAUUUCCGGACACACCAACCUGGUACACAUGGUGGCCCGGAGUCGCGCCCGGCUCGCCUGGAGUACCCACUAUGUGGGCGACCUGAGGGCCAUCAACAACAACCUCCUCGACACGUACCAGCUCAAGUCGCUGGACGGCCUCCUGGAAACGGACAUCGAGGAGAUCCGCCUAGUGCGCCACGAGGGCCGCAUUCACGUGCGCCCCGCUGUCUGGUGGUCCCGUGAGCCGCGUGCGCACACCGUCCACCACGCGCUCGUGACGUCCCUCAACCGGACGGCCAAUGGGAGCGACGCGUGCAGCGCGGCGCGCGACGUUUGCGCAGCGCCGCCGCCCGGCGCGGCGCAGACCAAGCAGACGGGGGGCGCCGAACUGCAGGAUAACUUCUCCAUGCGGGAUGGCUACGACGCCGUCGUCGGGUGCCUUGGAUUUAAGUUCGAUUUUUCUAUUUUUGAUAGUGCGACCAGUCCGGGCACGACGAGCGCGCACGCCAAGUUCCCGGCGGUGAAGGCCGACUGGGGCUCGCCGGUCAGCCCGGGCCUCUACUUCGCCGGCGUGGCCAGUCACGCGCUCGACUUUCGGAGGUCGGCCGGCGGCUUCAUCCACGGCUUCCGGUACACAGCACGAGCACUGCACCGUAUCUUAGAAUGGAGGAACCACCGUUCCGCCUGGCCUGCCACCUUGUGGCCGCUAGCGGAACUGGUGAAUGUGGUGGUUCGCCGCCUCAACACAGCGGCGGGACCUUACCAGAUGUUCUCCGUCCUCUGCGACAUCAUCGUCUUCCAAAAGAGCAGGGGCGGGUUCCUGCUGGUGCCCGAGUUUCCUGUGGCGUUGCUGCACCGCUUCACCGAGACGACGGGCCACACGGCCGACCAGCUGCUGGUGCUGUCGCUGGAGUAUGGCGAUGACUUCAGCGGACCGGAACAGGACACGUUCCGGUGGGAUCGGGCCGUGUCGGACCCGCUGCACGCGGACAAGUCAAACUUCCUGCACCCGGUGAUGUACUUCUAUCAGCACCCACCCACUGAGGUGGACAUGAUGUUGAAGCCAACGGGUCGGGCACUGCCCACCGCCACCCUGAUCCAUCAUGUUCUGGAGGACUUCCUCACCGACUGGACUGCGCGCCGCUCCCACGUGCUACCGCUGCGUCGCUUCCUGGAGGCGUGCAUGGCGCGCGACUUGCGCCACUUCCGCCGGGCCAGCUGUCUGCGCCACGCGCUGACCACGGGCCGCCGGCCACUGAUGUGCAGUUAG